UGUGGGGGUGCGGCAGCCGCCGAGGCCCCGUUUCAAGAUGGCGGACGACAGUGAGACAGCAGUGAGGCGGCCGCUGGCGAGGCCUCAGCGGCCGUCGGCGGAGGAGAACGACCACGAGCACUGCAGCGACUGCGAGAACGAAGCGGAGCGCGGCUCGAAGCGGGGUGGCUUGAGUCCAGUGAAUGACAGCGGAGCCAAAAAGAAGAAAAAGAAACCAAAACGGAAGAAAGAAAAAGGAGGAGAUCAGCCCGACCAGGCUCAGGACCAGCCAAUGAAGGUCAACUCUUUGCCCGCUGAGAGGAUCCAGGAGAUUCAGAAAGCCAUUGAGCUCUUCUCUGUAGGCCAGGGCCCUGCCAAAACCAUGGAGGAGGCCAGCAAGCGCAGCUACCAGUUCUGGGACACGCAGCCAGUGCCCAAGCUCGGAGAGGUGGUGAACACCCACGGCCCCGUUGAACCAGACAAGGACAACAUCCGCCAGGAGCCAUACACUUUGCCCCAGGGCUUCACCUGGGACGCGCUGGACCUUGGGGACAGAGGCGUGCUGAAGGAGCUGUACACGCUGCUGAAUGAGAACUACGUGGAAGAUGAUGACAACAUGUUCCGCUUCGACUACUCUCCUGAGUUCCUGCUGUGGGCGCUGCGUCCCCCAGGCUGGCUGCCCCAGUGGCACUGUGGUGUCAGAGUGGUCUCCAGCAAGAAGCUGGUUGGGUUUAUCAGUGCGAUUCCUGCCACCAUCCACAUCUAUGAAACAGAGAAGAAGAUGGUGGAGAUAAACUUCUUGUGUGUCCACAAAAAGCUGCGUUCAAAACGAGUGGCUCCGGUCCUGAUCCGUGAGAUCACACGAAGGGUUCACCUGGAGGGGAUCUUUCAGGCUGUUUACACAGCAGGAGUGGUGCUGCCAAAGCCUGUGGGGACAUGCAGGUACUGGCACCGCUCCCUGAAUCCUCGGAAACUCAUCGAGGUCAAAUUCUCCCACCUGAGCAGGAACAUGACUAUGCAACGCACCAUGAAGCUUUACCGGUUGCCCGAGACCCCCAAGACUCCAGGCUUGCGGCCAAUGGAGCACAAAGACAUCCCUGCAGUGCACAAGCUCCUGACCGAGUACCUGAAGCAUUUCCACCUGACGCCCGUCAUGAGCCAAGAGGAGGUGGAGCACUGGUUCCUACCUCAGGAGAACAUCAUCGACACCUUCGUGGUGGAGAGCACCCCAGGGGAGGUGACAGACUUCCUGAGCUUCUACACGCUGCCCUCCACCAUCAUGAACCACCCGACCCACAAGAGCCUGAAAGCUGCUUACUCCUUCUACAACGUCCACACCAAAACGCCUCUCAUCGACCUCAUGAGCGACGCUCUCAUCCUCGCCAAGUCGAAAGGAUUUGAUGUCUUCAAUGCACUGGAUCUCAUGGAAAACAAAACUUUCCUGGAGAAGCUGAAGUUUGGGAUUGGGGACGGGAACCUGCAGUAUUACCUGUACAAUUGGAAAUGUCCCAGCAUGGCACCAGAGAAGGUUGGACUGGUGUUGCAGUAAGUGACCCUGUGAGGAUGGCACGCUGUCACUGAGGAGCCUGGCCUGGCUGAAUGUGGCACCACAUGGAAGUGAGCCAGCCCUGCCAGCCCCGACUGAUGUCACCGACUGCAUCCCCAGGCAGCGGCAGUGCUCUCCUUUGUUUUGAAUUAAUUGCAUCCUCCUAAAGACAUGAUCAAGGGAAUGUAACUGCUGAAACUAGCUCAUGAUUGGCAUAUAAUGGAGUUAACGGGUGAAUAAUAAAAGUAUAUAUUAUAUAUAUUUUAAAUCUUUCCUGUUCCAAAUUGGCACGAAUGCAUUCAGCUGCUGAAGGCUACCACCUGCUCCUUGGUGCCAUCCCUCCCUGCUUGGGAACACCUCAAUAUUUGGUUUUAAGGGCUAUUUGUGCAAGCAAUGCCUUGUCCCUUCUCCUCCCUAGCCUCGGAGACUUGAAGCCUCAGGGCGAAGAUGCAGGGGACCCAGCUUGGAGCACAUCCACAUCCGCUACCCCAGGCCACCUCGGCGCACUGUGCUCAGAUGUUUUUCUCUCCACGCCACCGAAGUCCAGCCUGCAUGCCCUACAACGUGCCAUCAGCCUUCCUGGGGGCUCAGCUGCUCCCAGUGCCUCCUGCACAGGCUCAGAAUCAGGACCAGAUUCGUCCAUGGAACCCUUUUUCCCAAGAAGACGUCUGUUUCUAUUGCUCCAUUGCUCUUGAUCUCCACGCCAAAGGUUUCAGAGCUGCACAUGCCCAUCUAUGCACUCCCAGUGUCCCUGUCCCCCUACUAUGCAAGCAGCUCUGCAUCCCCUCCUGUGCCCCACAGAGCCAAGAGCCGCCCUGCACUGGUGAUGGGGACAUCAGCUACAAGUACUGAGCUGGGAGCACGUGGGACUUUCUGGGGCUGUGGGACAGUGGGGUGAACCAGGCUUCAACAAGCCCCCAGCACUGGGGAAAGCAUCAGAAAAGGGGGCUCAGCCAUUUCCCCCUGCAUCUCCUCCCUUUGUCCCCAGAGCCACCCCUCCUGCAGGUGACAGCAGGUGAAGGGGACAUGGGGCAAGCUGUUCAAUAAACCUUUAUUCAAUCCA